AAACUAAUCAACUCUUUCAGUAUCUAUCCCAUAUCAGCCCUACACAGUUCUCAAUACUGUUUGUUGAAGAUAAUAUUCGAAAAAAUGCUCAAAGCUUGGUUUAUGGACAAUGAAACUACCGAUCAAUGUUUGGAGCAUCAUCGUAAUCCGCCUGAAUUGAUUGCAAGUGGUGAACUUUUUAAGAAAACUGGUGUGGAGCAUUUUCUGAUUGAUGCUGAUAACUAUCAAAACGAUAAAGUGCUUCAGGAUCUACGUAAGAAACGCAAUUAUACUUACGAAGAUGAGAUUGCAUGUUCGGAAGAAUGUUUACCCGACUAUGCCAAUAAAUUGAAGUCGUUCUACACUGAACAUUUGCACACCGAUGAUGAAAUUCGUUUGGUCUUGGAUGGCUCGGGAUACUUCGAUGUUAGAGAUGACAAAGAUAAUUGGAUUCGGAUUGCAGCUACCAAAGGCGAGUUAAUCAUUAUUCCUGCUGGAUUAUAUCAUCGUUUUACUUUGGACGCCAACAAUUAUAUAAAAGCUAAGCGUUACUUUGUUGGUGGACCCGUUUGGUUGGCUUACAACCGACCAGCUGAUGAUAUGGAUUGUCGCAGAGAGUAUUUAAAACACCAGUCGCAAGGAUUUGCCCAUUUAAACAAAGUUUAAUUCAAAUCUGAUUAUCUGUUCCAGAAGUGCAAGAAUGUAAAAAUUUACACCGAUUUUCUCGAUAUCGACAAAAGUUCCAAAACUUGUCGAUUCUUGUCGGUGCUGGAACAGAUGUUAAUAAAAAUACAUUGUAAACAAGUAAAAAAACAUUAAGUUCGGCUGGGCCGAACUUGUAAUACCCUCCACCAUUGGGUAAAGAAAAUAUUUUCAUAUAAAAGUAUCUGAAUUCAAA